AGGGUAGCCGUUGCACCCAAAUACUCGCAGCCGGUGCUUCCGCCCAGACGCGAUUGGGCACGCCUCGGCGCCGGGAACCGGGGCCACCCCCCAGUUUACCGGUCCGGCGCCAGGAUGGCCCCCAAACUUCCAGACUCUGUGGAGGAGCUCCGCGCCGCCGGCAACCUGAGCUUCCGCAAUGGCCAGUUCGCCGAGGCCGCCACACUCUACAGCCGCGCGCUACGGAUGCUGCAGGCGCAAGGUUCUUCAGACCCAGAAAAAGAAAGCGUUCUCUACUCCAACCGAGCAGCAUGCCACUUGAAGGACGGGAACUGCAUAGACUGCAUCAAGGACUGCACUUCAGCGCUGGCCUUGGUCCCCUUUGGCAUGAAGCCCCUGCUGCGGCGAGCGUCAGCCUACGAGGCUCUGGAGAAGUACACCCUGGCCUACAUGGACUACCUGACCGUACUGCAGAUUGAUGACAGUGUGACGUCAGCCUUGGAAGGCAGCAGCAGAAUGACCAGAGCUCUUAUGGACUCCUUUGGGCCCGAGUGGCGCCAGAAGCUGCCCUCUAUCCCCUUGGUGCCUGUUUCCGCUCAGAAGAGGUGGGAGUGUUCGCCUUCGGGAUACUGCAAAGAGACAGCUAAAAGCAAAUCCAAAGAAACCACAGCUACAAAGAGCAGAGUGCCUUCUGCUGGGGAUGUGGAGAGAGCCAGAGUUCUGAAGGAGGAAGGCAAUGAGCUUGUAAAGAAGGGGAACCAUAAGCAAGCGAUUGAGAAGUACAAUGAGAGCCUCUGGUUUAGUAACUUGGAAUCCGCCACGUACAGCAACAGGGCGCUGUGCCAUCUGGUGCUGAAGCAGUACAAGGAGGCCGUGAAGGACUGCACAGAAGCCCUCAGGCUGGACGGAAAGAACGUGAAGGCGUUUUACAGACGGGCUCAAGCCUACAAAGCACUCAAGGACUAUAAAGCCAGCUUUGCGGACAUCAACAACCUCCUGCAGAUUGAGCCCAGGAACGGUCCCGCACAGAAGCUGCGGCAGGAGGUUAACCGGAGCUUAAACUGAAAACCCAGAGGGGCAGCAGGACACCUCCGCCUGACCACCUUCCUCCGUGCCUGCUCCCGGGACCCGGCAUGCCCCAGAGCAAGCUCCAAAGCACCCUCCUCUGUCCCUCAGAGAUGUGGUGGCCUCCCACCCCUCAAGAGGACUUGCUGUUCACAUUAAGCUCGGUGUAGUCAAAAACAAGACGUUCUGUUGGAAAGGUCUCUCCCUGUUCCGAACUCCCUGUGCUGCAGACAGCGAGCGGGUCACACAGACAGGUCCUCAUAGGCAAAGCCCUCGGCUCUGUCUCUGCCCAGCACGCUCCAGAGCGAGUUGCCCUUCCAGCGUCACCAGGCACCCUCACCGUGGUCCACCUGAGCAACCUGGGCUGGGGCGUGGGGGGCACCGCGAAGCCCUGACCCGCCUACACCCAAAGCAGCCUGUUGAGCUGGUCUCCAGCGCUGCUGUCCCUGCCCGGUCCUUGGCACAGCGCUCUGUGUUCUAAGCCCCAGUGCCUUUUGGCCGAGCCCUCCUUUGGUGGGGAUGCAGGACCUGGCCCUUGGCCGGCUUUGUCUGUGGCUCUGUGCUGCCGCCCCCUGCGUGGAGGCGCCUGAGCUGUUUCAAGAGCCAGACGGUGUGGCUGCCACUUUGGAAGGCGAGACAGGGAGAAAGGCCUCCUGGAAAGUCAGUGUCUUUCCGUCCCGGGCAGAGACCCCUCGAGGCUUCUUAGUUCCUUGUAAUAUGUUGACGUUAAUCUGAACUGAACUGACUGAUUCUGUUGAACCCUGUGUUGAAGCUACUGCAUUAAUGUUUUCUACAUAAAUGUCUGUUGUACUUUCAUUUAUGCUUUUUCAGUUUUGGUUCAUUUCGGAACUUUGCAAUAAUUAAAAAAAAGACUGCUUAUGGAGCACUCA